GAGAGAGAGAGGGGAUAGGAGAGGAGGAGACUGGGGAAAUGGUCAGAGAGAGGUAAUGAGCACCGAGCUGCAGGAGUAUUAGCUGUCAGCCUCCUGAGCUGCAGAUCUCAUUAAAGGAUGAAGCGACCACUAAGGCACAGUGUGUGUGGAGCCUAAGGUUCCCUCUGAGAUCCUUCACGUGUAUAGACGGCUCUGAUCCCCUGCCAAUCCCCCCUCCCACGUUACUACGACAACCAUGGACUGCGGACUGCGUCUGCCUCCUGUCAUCGAGGAGGUCAUGGACACUGCAGAUGAUCUGUGUGAGCUGAAGGCCGAGCUCCCAGGUUUAGUCCAUGGACUGACAGAUAAAGAGCGUGAAUCCCUGGAUGACAAUGAAGAGAAGGAGGAGAAGGAGGUGGAAGUAGGGAACGGAGAGAAAGGCCUGAAGGAGGAAAAGGAAGGGAAGGAGGAAAAAGAUGGCGAUGGAGAAAGAGAUGAGAAGAGAGAAGUAGAAGAGGAGGAAGAACUAGAGGAGCUGAGAACGCAGGUGGUUCAGCUGAUGUUGGAGCUGGAAGAAACAAGAGAGGUGUCUCAGAGGCAUGAGGAGAGCUACAACGAGCUGCAGGGGCUUUUGGAGGAUGAACGUUUAGCCAGUACCAAUCAGGCUGAGAGCUUCACAAGACAGAUCCAAAGGCUUCAAGCCCAGCUUCGCUCUGUUCAGGAGGAGUUGGACAGUCUGGAGGAGGAAAAGGCCAGUGAGCUAUGGGAAGCUCAGGAGGAGCUGCGAGUGGCACAGGAGGAGGUCCAGGAGCUUCAGCAGGCGGCUGAGGAGGCCGCAGCUGAGCGGGAGAAUGACAUCGCUCUCCUGCAGGAGGAGCUGUGCAGGCUGCGGGCAGAGCUGCAGAGACUUCACAACACUACGCAGGAGUAUGAGUUAGAGCUGACUACACUGCGUGCCGAGAUAAGCAUGAAGAGUCAGCGCAGAGAACAGCAGGAGCAAACAGGCACAGAAGGAGAGGUAGGCCAGCUGAAGGAUAAAUGUCACUCCUUGAUGGACGAGUGUCAGACUCUGAGAAACGACAACCAGCAUCUUGCUGAGAAGCUGCAGCUGCUGGAACAGCAAAGAGACAGAGAAGAGCAGGACAAGCAGAAGGUGGACAAAGAGCAAGCAGUGAAAGCCGAAGUCUACAUGAGCAUAUUACAGACGGAACAGAUGACUCAUCAAGUGGACUCGUGUCUCCAGAAGAACUCGAGUGAGGACAAAGCUGUAAAUCCCGAGCAGAGGAGUAAGGAGCUUUCCGAGGUGUUCACUCUCCGAGACCAGCUAAAACAGGCUGAGGAAAGAGCAUCCCAGGUCCAGAGAGAGUGUGAAGUGUUAAAAGGAGAACUUCUCCAGCUGCAAGGACUUUACGAGAGCAGUCAGAAGGAAAGAAUCGAGCUGGAGGCAGAGCUACACCGCUGUAGGGCGGAGCUUGAUAGGCUGGCAGGAAGGAAGGCACAGAACUCCUGUCCUCCAUCUGAGUCCCCUGUUCUCUCCAUACCCUUCAUAGGAAUGGUUGUAAUAAUGGCGCUGAUAUGGUGCUGCUGGAAGGAGCUCUUGUCCUAAAGAGGGAAAGGAGCGAGAGGGAGACUGGAACCUCGUUAUGCUGGUUGCCGUGGCAGCAGCAGCCGUUUUGCUCAUACCCAGUUUGACCCGAGUGUUUGCUUGAGUCUGGACAGGAAGUGACCUCGAUCAGGUCAACGUCUCAUAUCCACAUGCUUGCUUACCUUCUCUGUGGUACACAUUUACAGAUGUACACACACACACACACACACACAUACAGACACACACACACACACACACACACACAAACACAUGCACUGCCAUAUCAGUACUUAAGGUACUUCUGCUAAAACAUACUCUAUAGUCUCAGUGGAGAAAAAAACACCAUAUUCACAAAUGCUGCUUUUGGUUCUUGCUUCUGGUUGUGUGCAAUUUCACCCUCAGACACAUUUUACAAACAUCUCUCUCGCAUUAGACACCGUCUCUGGCUUUAGACGCGCUGCUUAUAAGAUGUGCAGUGACAGCAUGUGAUACGUAAUCCUGAAAUUCUUCCAGUUGUCUGUCAUUUUUCAAAUUUCAGCUAGAUAUUUUAUGUUUAGCUAGAUUUAACACCAGAGCGAGUAUCAGUCCUAAAGCAUGCGUACGACAGUUUAACCAGCACCGAUGUUCAAUAUAAAUGUUCUGUACCUACUGUAACUGUUGGAUCAAUCAGUUUGUAAAGUAUUUUCAUUUCUGUCACAACUCUGGAUGUUAUGAAGAAUGCAGAAUAAUUCAGACAGUAGCAAGAAAGUCUGAUAAAGGUUUAAGAAAAACCAUCAAUGAAUUGUAUCACGCUGAAAGUAUAUGAUACACUACUAAUUCAACUGCUGUAUAAAACUCAACACUGAUGAUUAUAACCAUUUUAAGUUGGAUAGAUAUUUUUAUAUAUAUAUAUAUAUGUAUACGUAUACGUAUAUAUGUGUGUGUGUGUGUGUGUGUGUGUUUGGAAUCAACAUAUAACACGUUCAUAUAACAAGUUUAAAUGACACUAACAUAUAAAAUAUGGUAUUUUUGUAAAAAAAAUCUGAAAUGUAAUGAGUAUAAGAACAUUUUAUGAGACAUUGAACUCUCAGAGCAAAUAUUUCUCUCAAGCAACUAUUUCAGCGCCGCUCACAAGUAGUUAGACAUCAUCGGUUUGGUUCUAAAAUAAAAGAUAAAAAUAAAAAGUCAAGAAUAACCAGUAAACAUUAAAUAUAUUCCAUAUUUCAAGGGACCAUAUGCAUUUGAUCCAUUAAAUACUUGUUCCAUUGCAUCAUUCUUUCCUGCCCAAAGUAGCAAACAAAAGGUCUAUGAGUGUCUCUAGAUAUAGUAUUUAGUAUUAUAUCUGGAGUUUUUCAUCUUAUUAACGUAAGAACCAAAGAAAUGUCAAGAAAUGUCAGUUGUUGUAAGGUUAACCUAGUAAAUAAAUGAAUCAGAGAUACAGUAUUAAGUGUCUCAGGAUCAGCUACAUGGCAGCAUUAGUUCACGGAUACAUUAAAGACCACCGUACAGAGAUAUGUAGCACAAACACGGUAGCUAUUCCUCAAAUAUGCAGCUUCAAAAAGGUUCCUCAUGAGUUUUGAUUCCUCUUUAUUUUUUCUAAGAGGGAAGAUAAACAAAUGGGAGAAUUUUUGGUAUAGAAAUCUCUACAUCACCUAUAGACUUUGUUCAGUGGAUUAGACACAAUAAAUAAUAAUAAUAAUAAUAAUAAUAAUAAUAAUAAUAAUAAUAAUACAUUUGAAUUUGUUUUCUGGAGCUUCUGCAUCCUGGUCAGAUUAACGGUGGAUCCAGAGCCAAUCCUGGAAUACUAAGCAUGAGCCAGGAAUACAUGAUUGUGAUUGGUACAGCUAUGUUUUUUUGGAAGGCAGAAAAAAACCUGAGAAUCCAGAGGAAACCCAUACAGGCACGUCAUGAACAUUAAAAAAGAAAUCCUUACUGACAGGAACCCAGAUUCUGGAUCACAUUGGGGAAUUUGUCAUUAUUUUAUAAGUAUUUAUGUUUAUAUCUAAUCUACUUGCGGCAAUAUAUUUAUAGAAAAGGCCCAAAAAGGUUAGGUUUUUCCACAUAACUGUUUCUAUCUUUAAAUUAAAUGGUGAUAUCAAACCCAUUUCUGCUCUCUGAGAUGCCUGGAGUGUUUACAUCUAAAAUCUUGAGGUGUUAUCUUCACCCACUGAAGUUCUGUAUAAAGUUUUCCAAACAAAGGGAAAAACCAAUAAGCCAACAGAUUCCUGACUCGUUUUAUUUCAGACUCGCAGCUAUAAAAUAAUGAAUUUCUUUACACAUAUGAAUGUCUCAUAAGUCGAUUUCCAUUCAGAUGUCUUGGAACACCAAUGUACUGGUAAAAAGGGUUAAAGAUUCUACAUAGACAUGAGCAUGGUAAUAAGUGUCUCCCAGUCAAAUGAUUAAGUAUACUGGUGGUUAGAUGCAAUGACUUGUAGACAUCGAAUUAAAAAUCGAACUAAAAUAAUUUGACCUUUUUCCAGGCCACAAAAUUGAAUGUUCUUGCAAAUGUAUAAUGUCUCAAAAUUAGACAAAGCAUUGGAAAAUUCUGCAUGUUCUUCUUGUGUAUGUUGGUUUCCUGUGGACCUCCCAGAAUAUGGCAACAGGUUGAAUAGCUACUCUAAAAAUGCCCCAAGGUGUGAAAAAGUUGUGGGUGCGAGUGUGUGUUUGCGUGUGUGUGUGUGUGUGUUUGCAUGUGUGUGUACGUGCAUGUGCGCGUGUGUGUAUGUGUGUGUGUCCCAUCCAUCAUGAUGUGUCCUAGUGUUUCUAGGACAGGCUCUGGAUCUUUUGCAAAUCCAAUUCGUCUGUUAUUUUUUUUUCUUCGCCUGAAAUAGGAGCUGAUGUAUAAAAUCCAUAUAAGAUGCCUUUAGGAUUCACCUUUUCAGAGCCAAAGAGUCAGAGCUGAAACAUAAAAAUAUCCCUAAAUUUGAAAUACCAAAUAUAAAACAAUAUUUGUUUGGACAACAGACGACAUGUAGCACAAAAAAAGUAGCUUUAUCUAAAGUAUGCAGCUUCACUUAGAAAUAAAUAUUCUUUAAGUUAUGGCUCCUGGGAUGGUCAAGAGUUUUUGUCAUUUAUAGAGGUUCUGUGGGCAAUUAAAACCCUUCUUAGGUUCCCUUUUAAGGGCUCCUCGUGAAGGACAGAUCAAAGAACCGAAAUGUUCUGAAAACUUGAAUGUAAAGGCACGCGAUGCAAUUUCUGUUCAAAAAUUGUACGUUGUCUAGAAUAAACAAACAAACAAACAAACAAACAAAAAAAACAGUAAUCAGUGAAUUAUACUUAGGAAUAAUAAUGUGUUGUAAAACUGAUCAGCUCAUUAACCCCUGAACAGUCUUUAAAAAAUAUAUAUAGCAGUUGUGGCUUCGUAGAAGUUCAGUGAAGCAAUUUAUUGUUUCAAGAUUAUUGUCAUGUGCAGUGAAGUAAAGAGCGUUUCAAGCGUCUAUAUACAAUGAAAUUCUUGUGCUACAGUUAACCAGGCACAGUGUAAAUAUGAUAAAUGAACUUUUACGUGGUACAAAACUGUAAACACUGAACACAAACAAAAGACAAAAGAUUAUUACAGUGGGAGAUAUUGAGCAUACAGUACUCCAAAUUAUUAUUAUUAAAUCCUCAAAGAAUCCUUUAAACUUUGUAAAACAUUAUUUACAAUGUAAUUGGAAGGUCAUGGGUUCAAAUCCCUGGUCACACCAAGCACCCACUGUUAGGUCAUUAUCCCUCAAGUACUUAAGUAUGUUCUGUCUCAGUAGUAAGUGAUUUUGAAUUAAUUACAUUUUAAAGCCCAUAAAAAGUCCCAUUUGGUCUGAGCUACAACUGAGACUAACCCUUUUAGAGAGGAACCGUUUAGGAAGCUGAACACAUAAUGACGUCUUUCUCAACAUUUCAGGGGUAAUAAACAGUCCAAAGGCUUUCCCAAAAUCAUUGCAUUAUGAUAGAACGAGCAUCACUUUGUAUUUCUCUCCUGUUUUAAGCUAUUUUUACUUUGUGAUAAUUUUUGGAAACUCAGACCUGUUCAUUUGCUCUUAAAAGAAAAUGAGUGGCUUAUAAACUGUAACUACAGCAACCUUGUGCUUUAUAACGCAAGGUGACAACAUUAAAGCACAAAAACAUUCCAGAGAACGUUAUAUACAUCACAAUAUAGUAUAUAACCGAUUAUUUGUACACGAUUACUGCUGGCAGUCUUUUAAUAUCUUUACUACCACAGCGCUGAAUGCAGCUCAAUCCUGAUUGGUCCAGACAACAGAACAGAAGCUCUGACAGUAAAAUCAUGAACAGAAAUAACUUAAUCGACUUGAUGGAUUUGAUUUAAAUGAUCUGAUUUAAAAAAUGUUUCGAUAUGGUGAAGGUUUCUGUAAGGAUAUGUUUAUGUAGUAUUUAAGGGAGGAGUCUCCCUUGUCAGUGAUGAAGCUGUAGUUUCAUGCGCUUUUGUUUGUCUGUAAAAUGAGAAACUGCUCAUUUCAGGAAGUAGAAAAAAAAGAAUGACUGCUGAAUGAAUGCUGUUAUAACAUAAGUGACUUAUUUCAUUACAAGCGGAAACUGAUUUUUAAAAAUGAUUUUUUUAAAAUAGGACAUAAUUCAUUCAUUUACUUAUUAUUAUGUCAUAUUUUUUAUUAUUAUUAUUAUUUAGUUUACUACUUCAUCACUAAAUUCAUCACUAAAACCCUUCACACGCUACAAAUGAACUAAUCUUCAUCCGUGCACAAAGGAAAUGCCCACAGGUCAUACACGAAUCUACAGCGUUCUUAGGUCGUCAUACAUUGCCUUCAUCCGGGAUCCUCGAUGCUAGUGCGUCUGAAUGUGUCCUGAUUUGCUGAUAGACUUUAGAACGCAUGCUACACAGUAAACACUUCUUUUUCUAUCAAAAAUGUGGUCAUUUGUUCAGUAUUGUAAAUAAUAUCAGUAGGUAUGCAGCUGUGGUGGGAUAUACUGUGAACAUGAAGCCUUUCAGCUCUAAAGAAUCGUCACGUCGGCCGAGAUUUUGUUUCCUUUUUACCUUUUUUUUAAAUUUUUAAUAAAAUGAACAGUGGUGAAAGACUUGCGCUUGUAAAUCCUGUAAAACCGAAUGUGUUUGCACGUUCCUCACUGUGGAUGCGCUUUGCAGUGAAGAUUUUAUUCUUCAUAAAAACGCCACACAGAGCAUGGGUCUUUUUGAAUUUUCUGAAAAUGUGGAUCUUUUUUGACUAAUUUGUUUACCGAAAUCAAUCGAGUUCUCUACUUCGUUCUGUUUUGUUAUCUCAGAAAAUAUUUGUUAUACAGUCCUCUCAGUUCUAGAUAGUAACUAGGUAUGUGUGUGGUACAAUUUCAGACACAUUAUUUAUUCGUUCAUUCAUUAAUGUUUUUUUUUUUUUUUGCUGCAUUCGACUAAAAUUGUAACCUCCCAAAAGAAAACCAAAGAUCAUCCUUUACUCUGGAAGACAGGAAGGCCUCCUGAACCCUGAGCAUAUGAAAAAUGUUUUUAAAAAAAAGACAAAUUACAGGUUAAGUACAAGUUAAGAACAUCGCAUACGGUAAACACCGAAUUAAAAUACACUGAAAUGCUGCGCAGGUCCAAGCUAUUAGCAAUACUAACAAUGUAUUUAAACAUAAAAUAAUAAUAUAUACUUUUUUUGUAUCCAUUUAUAAUUAAAUGGCUAUUGGUACGUAGCAUCUUUCACACCAUGGUCAUUUAGUGGUUCUGUUGUAUGUCUGUUUAAUUGCUAGAAAUCGAGUUUACUUUAUUGCAAAUCUAUUAACAACUUAACUACCAUCAUGGUAUUCAGAAUCAUAAACCGGUUCUGCAGAGUUUUUUACCACACACAUACAUAGUUAAUAUUAAGAACUUAUGGUGCGGUUUUACCCACAAAGGGCCGGCGUUGGGGCAGGUUUUCAUUUCAACGAAAAAGAUUCCUUCCGAUAAGUUGAUCAUGUUGCUCAGUAGACUCAGGUGUGGGUUCUGCUUGGUGGAAAUGAAAACCUGUCCCCAGUCUGUACACCCCUGACAUACGGUAUGGGUUGUAAAGAAAGUCUUUAAAAUGAUCUCCAGAAAGAUUUGACUCAUUUGAGUAACCGUGUUUUUCAUAUCAUUUAAUUAAUACCUGAUAGCACUCAUUAAACAUCUUUUUCUUUUUGGUUUCUACACACUGGUCACAUGAUGAUAUGUUUUCCUGGAUGCUUAUGAAUAUAAAUUUUCCGUUAUCUUCCAAAACACUGAAUUAUACUUUCUUCCAUUUUGUAAUGUGGAAAUAAAAGUGUGUUUUUUAAUGGCUCUGGUUCAGUAGGACGAAAAAUGUCAAUGACUUCAAUCAUAAUGAUGAUAAAUGAUUGAAUUGUUUUGAAAUGUAUACGUGUGAUUGUGUGGAGAUGUCUGUGUGUCCCCCAGCUUUAUUCAACUGUAUAGUAAAGUGUCUAUUUGUGUAAAAAAAAAAAAGAUAAAACUUUAUGUAUUUUGGUAAUCUAACUGUAUAUUUUGUAAAUGAUUUGAAAGAAAUAAAGUAGUUAUCCAUGUAGUCUUCUUUCU